AUGUCCAACAAGACGCAUAAUGUAGUGGUAUUUGGGGAUGGUGGUGUGGGUAAAAGUGCACUUACGAUACAAUUUGUACAAAAUGAAUUCAUCACCGAUUAUGAUCCGACGUUAGAAGACAGCUACAGAAAACAGGUCGGUUUUUAGGUUGUGAGGGUAUGGUAAGGAAGAGUAGGCUACUGUAGAGCAUGAUACUGUUGGGUAGGGUAAGGUAGGCCAAAGGGGAUAGGGAUGUGGAAGAUGGGAUUAAGUAGGGGUGGGGGAAAGAUUACUAAACUUCGAAGCCUAAGUUCACUAAUUUAAAAGUAAGCUUAGGCUUAUUGAGCUUAGGCUUACUGAGCUUCAUCUUACUAAGCCUAAGUCUACUCAGAAUAAGCCUACUAAGCUUAAGGCUGCUAUAUCUAACCCUACUAAGCCUAAGCUUAUUGAAACUAAGUUUACUAAGCCUACUAAGCUUACGCCUACUAAGCCUAAGCCUACUAAGCCUAAGCCUAUUCCAGGUAGUAAUAGACAACAAAGUGUGUGUACUGGACAUCCUCGACACGGCCGGUCAAGAAGAGUACGAUGCUAUGCACGACCACUAUGCUCAUAAUGGCCAUGGCUUUCUACUGGUAUUUGCUCUAAACGACCAUUCCUCCUUCAUGAACAUUCGAAAGUUCAGAGAGAAAGUACGACGAGCCAAGGAUUCAGAUGAUGUAAGUUGAAUUUGUUUAAAUUUUUUUGAAAUUUUAGGGCGUUUUUUGUGAUUUUUGGUCGAUUUUUGGAUGUUUUUUGAUGAUUUUUCUUUCUUUAUCCGUUUUAAAUAUGGCAAGACUAUUUUAUGACAUUUUAUAGUAGCGAUGAUCUUUAUUUUGGUAUUUAUAUAUAUAUGUUUAAACUAAAAGAGACGAUAAAAUAUUUUUAAAAAAUCAGCCGUUUUAAAAAGUGAAAGUUGGUGGAAUAUUUGUAAUGUAUUUUGCACUGAAAAUCUUCCACUUUUAAAAACUCUUAAAAUGGCCUAAAAAUACGUUUUUGACACUUUUUAGAAGUGGAUGUGUGGUGGAAGAUUUUCAGUGCAAAAUACAUUACAAAGCUUCCACUCAACUUUCACUCGUACAAAGUGUCAAAAACGAGUUUUGAAGCAAUUUUAAACCUUUUUAAAAAUGGAAGUUGAGUGGAAGAUUUUUAGUGUAUUUUGCACUGAAAAUCUUCCAUCAAUCUUCCACUUUUUUAAAUGUGAGAAAAUGGUUGCCAACUUGAUUUUUUGGGGAUUAUAGGUAACAAAGGUGUUUAGAAAUGCUAUUUUUGUUAUCAUAGUACUAUUUUGGUUAUCCUAGUACUAUUUGAAUACAUAUAGUACUGUUCUUUGGCCAUAGUACCAUUUUAAAUCAGUGUUGCUGUAGUAUGACCCUAGUGCAAUUUGAGGUUUUUUUGGUAACAUUUAUUACUUUAGUAUUCUUUUGUUUACAAAAAUGAAAUUCUAGGUCCCGGUAGUAGUUGUAGGCAACAAAAGUGAUCUGCCGUACCGUGCCGUGACCCCACAACAAAUCGAAGAGCUAACCCAAUCCUUGGGCUGUGCCUACGUUGAAACGUCGGCCAAAACCCGGCAGGGGGUGGAUGACGCGUUUUACGAGGUGGUGCGGGCGGUGAGGAAGUUUGACAAAAAAGAAAAGAAACGUGCUAACGAGUACGAGCGAAUGUUCGGCGGACGGCGAAAGAAAAGCUGCUAUAUCAUGUGA